GAAAUUAUUUGGUGUGCGUGGCAACCCUGUAAACAAACGUCAUAUUUCAGCUGUCAGUCAGUCGUUCCGAAAAUGGCUGCAAUUGUGCGAUUUAAUUUGUUAACAAAGCAGCAUAUUGGUGCGGUUUUGCCGGCCAGCCUGCAGCUGCAGCGGUUCCAGAGCACGCAGACCCCGCCAGGGACUCCUCCGCCACAAACUAAGACCAAGUUCGGACCGCUAGCAGAUGAAGAUCGCAUCUUUACCAACCUCUAUGGGCGGCACGACUGGAGGCUGAAGGGCGCCCUGAAGCGAGGCGAUUGGUACAAAACUAAGGAGAUUGUGUUGAAGGGUCCUGACUGGAUCGUCAACGAGAUCAAGACGUCCGGUCUGCGCGGACGCGGAGGCGCUGGCUUUCCCAGCGGAAUGAAGUGGUCUUUCAUGAACAAGCCAGGCGAUGGGCGCCCUAAGUACUUGGUGGUGAAUGCUGAUGAGGGAGAACCUGGAACAUGCAAGGAUCGCGAGAUCAUGCGCCACGAUCCACACAAGCUGGUGGAGGGCUGUUUGAUUGCUGGCCGUGCUAUGGGCGCGCAGGCUGCAUAUAUUUACAUUCGAGGUGAGUUCUACAACGAGGCCUCUAACAUGCAACUGGCAAUUGCCGAGGCUUACCAGGCUGGUCUUAUUGGAAAGAAUGCCUGUGGAACUGGCUAUGAUUUCGAUGUGUUCAUGCACCGAGGAGCUGGAGCUUACAUUUGCGGUGAGGAGACCGCCUUAAUAGAGUCGUUGGAAGGAAAGCAAGGAAAGCCGCGCUUGAAGCCGCCAUUCCCUGCCGACGUUGGCGUAUUCGGGUGCCCAACCACGGUUACCAAUGUGGAAACGGUUGCCGUCGCUCCGAGCAUUUGCCGCCGUGGCGGUCCAUGGUUUGCAAGCUUUGGUCGCACUCGUAACUCGGGAACCAAGCUCUUCAACAUUUCAGGCCAUGUUAACCGGCCGUGCACUGUAGAAGAGGAAAUGUCGAUCCCACUUAAGGAGUUGAUUGAGCGUCACUGCGGAGGAGUCACUGGAGGAUGGGAUAAUCUACUGGGCGUCAUUCCCGGCGGAUCUUCCACCCCUAUCAUACCUAAAAAUGUCUGUGACGACGUGAUAAUGGAUUUCGACGGCCUAAUCGCAGCCCAGACAUCACUUGGUACUGCAGCUAUUAUUGUUAUGGACAAGUCUACAGAUGUGAUAAAGGCUAUUGCUAGGCUAAUAUCCUUCUAUAAGCAUGAAAGCUGCGGCCAGUGCACGCCAUGUCGCGAGGGGAUUGGCUGGAUGAACAAGAUCAUGACUCGGUUUGUCAAGGGUGAUGCGCAACCUGCUGAGAUCGAUAUGCUUUGGGAGAUUUCCAAACAAAUUGAGGGACACACUAUUUGCGCGCUUGGUGACGGUGCCGCCUGGCCAGUCCAGGGUCUUAUUCGUCACUUCCGCCCUGAGAUCGAGAAACGAAUGCAACUGCAUGCAAAGCGCGCCAGCAAUUAAGAUACAAAGUUAUAGCUAUUUUUAUUGAUUUCAUUAACCCGAGCGCGAAUUGCUGCACAUAAAGUGUAUAGUUCUUUAAACCCUGUUAAAUAAUCUUUUUUUCUGUGACUCAAUUCAACGUUAAGCUUUUUAUGUAGUUAAUCACCGCCUGAAUGUCUUCUGAAUUCGGAAGAAAGGUGCAGGCUGUUUCUCGCAUCGAGUGGGAAUCACAGGAACUACUUUUAGGUUUAUGCUUAAUGUACUCCUUGGCUUCCAAAUUAUCAAGAACCAAUGAAAGAGCAGUCCAAAACAGCACAGUUUUAAAAUUACAAGUUAUUAAUCCCGUA